AUGGUCGAAAUCACAGGUAAAAGUUCCACACCAGGAACAGGAGGAAACACAAUUGAUGUUAAUAAUCCUCUGUACAUCCAUCCAUCUAAUAAUCCCAGUUUGAUUUUAGUUCCAGUCAGUUUUGAAGGAGUUGGCUAUCGAUCAUGGCGACGAGGUGUAAUGAGGUCACUAUCUGUGAAAAACAAAUUGGGAUUCAUUACUGGAGAAUUUAAACGACCUUCUUCAAUAUCACCUCAAUUUCACCAAUGGGAGAGAUGUGACAAUAUGGUCAUAUCUUGGAUUUUGAAUUCCCUUAGCAAAGAUAUUGCAGACAGUGUAGAGUAUGUUUCUGAUGCAGUUGAAUUGUGGAAAGACUUAGAGGAUCGAUAUGAUCAAACGAAUGGUGGUAAAUUGUUUCAAAUCCAAAAAGAUAUCAAUGAUUUGAGUCAAGGUGUUCUUGAUGUUACUGUGUAUUACACUAGGAUGAAAAAGCUUUGGGAAGAGUUGAUUUAUACUGUUAUUAGAGGCAACAUUCUGAUGAUGAAUCCAUUACCAUCCAUGGCUCAAGCUUUUGCACUGCUUGGUUCAUCGAAUCCAUCGUGUGGAAGGGCAAACUCUACUACUGCUAGUUCAUCAAAUUCGACAGGAGGGAGAGUAUUCAGAACAAAUUACUCAUCAAACAACUAUCCUGCAAAUAAUAGGCCUAGACCCUUUUGUGAACAUUACAGAAAAUCAGGACAUGUCAUUGACAAGUGUUACAAAUUACAUGGUUACCCCAAUCAAAAUAAUACUUCAAAUGGACAAGGUUUCAAUCAACAAAGAUACAGCAAUGCUCAGAAUCAAAGAAUGCCAGCCAACCACAAUGCAAAUAAUAGAUAUGCCAAAGGUAAAGGAGUGGCAGCUAAUGUUUUUGCAGAUCCAAACAUGGGAGAAACUGAUGCUUCUAAUCCAGCCUACAAUGCUAAUCUUACUAAUGAACAAUAUGGUCAGCUUAUCAAUCUGUUACAACGCAUUCAAUUAGGACAGUCUGGAGAUGUAGAUUCUGAAGAGCAUGUAACUUGUGGAGCUGCAAAUUUUGCAGGUACCAUAGCUUGCAACUCAUCUAUUGAUUUUGAUAAACUGUCAUGUGGCUGUCUCAAGUCAAAAACUGAUUUAUGGAUACUGGAUUCAGGAGCUACACAUCACAUGACCUUUAACAUCAACCAUCUUUCACACAUUACUAACCUGCCAUAUCCUCUUUUAGUUAAAUUGCCAAAUGGAUACAAAGUUAAGGUGACCAAAGUUGGAGAUGUUAAAGUUAAUGACAUGAUCACAUUGUUUAGAGUUCUGGCCCUUCAACGAAGAGGCCUCUGGAGAUUGGUAGAGAACAAGAUGGAUUGUACUUCCUUUGCUCAGACUGUUUAA